AUGACUCAGGGACCUAGGACAUAUGCACCUGCCCUUUUCCUUUUUCUGAGCCAUGGAGUGGCAAGUCUCAGUGCAAAUUCCAGCCAGGGUUUGCAUCCAUUGCUGCAGAAAAUGGCAGAAGAAAUAACAGAUGGAAACUAUCUGAAUGCAUUUCUGGAUCUCAUACAGUUUCAAAGCUCCCAGCCGUGGACGGCAGACCUGUCCCACGCUGUCCUGGCCUACCUGAACGCGCGGAACGUGGCCUUCACCGCCCCCAGCCUGCAGGCAGCCGUGGAGCACCACCUGGAGCAGCGCCUGUACCAGCCCCAGCAGCUGCGGGAGGACCUGCGGGGAGCGGACGCCCAGCAGUUCCGCACGGCCAUGCAGUGCCUCUGGGCCGACAGGAAGGACCGCUGGGAGGUGGAAGGCGUCGUCAUUGACUUGGGAGCGAUCCGGAAACAAGCCCUGCAGAGCCCAGGCGUGAACCGCAGCCUGCUUCUCAUCACGCUGGAGAGGUGUUUCCAGGAGCUGAGCUCCCUGGAGUGCGUGGAGGUCCUGGGCAAGCUGCUGCGAGGGUCCCCGGGCAGCUUCCUGCAGCCCGACCUCCCGGAGAGGCUGCCCCCCGGCCUGCGCCAGGACGCCUUCCGGAACCUGUCCGCGGUGUUCAAAGACCUCUACGACCAAACCCCGGCCCGUUCCCAGGGAGCCCUCUACUCCUGGAUGGCCGGCGUGCUGCGGGCGUCCGGCGCCCCCGAUGGGUCUGCUUCCUGGGUCAGCGCAGAAAACUUACGGAUUUUGGGGAGAUACAUGGUCCACCUCCCCCUUGAAGAAAUCAUGAACAUUAGUCCUAUGGAAAUGGGGCUGUUCAUCAGCUAUGACAAUGCCACCAAGCAGCUGGACACCGUCUAUGACAUCACGCCAGAGCUGGCCCAGGCUUUCCUGGAGCGGAUCGGCUCCUCGGACUUCGACAUGAGGAACGCCUCUACCGUCCACAGGCUGGGGCUGCUCGUCUGCUUCUAUGGAGACCUGGAGCUGCUGGACGCCACCCUGGCCCGAGUCCUCCUCCACCAGAUGAUCAAGUGCAGCCGCCUCCGGGGCUUCCAGGCUCGCGUCCAGAAGCUCAAAGCCCGCCUCCUGGGCAUUGCCACGGAGAACCAGGCGCUCAACGAAACCCUGGGCUCUUUGUCGGACGCAAUUGUGGGCUUGACCCACCGCCAGCUGGAGUCCCUGUCCCCCCAGGCUGUGGACAGCGCCAUCUCCACCCUCAGCCAGGUGUCGGGCUGGACCAAGAGCCAGGUGGUCAUCUUGUCCGCCAAGUACUUGGCCCAUGAGAAGGUGCUGUCCUUCCACAGCGUCAGCCAGAUGGGCGUGCUGCUGGCGGGCGUCGGCGCCCAGGCCUUCUCAGACAUGGAGCCCAGGGCGCUGGCGCAGGUCCUGAGAAGCUCCCUGCCUGUGUCUGCUCUGUCGCCGGCCCAGCAGCAAGGCAUCCUCAGCAAGGUGACCGGAGCGGGAGCUGGCGCCCCGGGUGUGAUGGAAGUGCCAGGGGCCCUCUUUAAGGAAGUGUCCCUCUUUGACUUGAGGAGGGAACUUGGACUCAACUCCACUGUCCUGAAGGAGAAGGCAUUUCGGAGGAGUCAGGCCUUGUUCCUGUUUGAGCUGCUGUCCCAGACCAGCGGGCCCGCCGAGCUCCUGAGUGCCGGGCAGCUGGUCAAGGGCGUGGCGUGCUCCCACAUCGACGCCAUGAGCGCCGACUCCUUCCUGGCCCUCUUCCAGUAUUUUGAGAACAACCUCUCUCUGCUUUCACCCUAUCAGGUCAAUUGUUUGGCGUGGAAAGCGUGGGAGGUUUCCAGGUCCUUCAUGCAGCCUUUCCUCUUGGCUGCGCUCCCGGCUCACUACCUGGCAUCCAUGCCAGCCUCCAGAUGUGUGCCCCUUCUGAUUGGCCUGGGGAAGAUUCGGUUGGACUCCUUGGUGUUAGAUCCCCACAAAAGGACUCUGGUCCUCAGGAAAGUGCAGCAGUGCCUGAACAACUCCAUUGCCGAUGAGUACACCGUGGACAUCGUGGGGAACCUGCUCUGCCACUUGCCAGCGGCCAUCAUCAAGCACGGAGUGUCCCCCAGGGCCUGGGCCACUGCCCUGCACGGCCUCAGAGCCUGCGCAGAGCUGAGCCCCGAGCAGGGGGCUGCGGUGAGGCUGCGGCUGCUGGAGCAGCACGGACCCCCUCAGAACUGGACAGCCGAGACGACGAAGGACUUGGGACCCUUUUUAGUGUUUUUCUCAGAAGAUGAAUUAAGCUCUGUUGCCACAAAGUUUCCUGAUAUCCUUCAACAAACAGCCUCCAAGAUGGUGGGGAUUUUGCCCCCCAAAGAAUUCCUCUGGGCUGUCUUUGAAUCUGUUCGGAACAGCAGCGAGAGGGGCUCUGGCUCUGACCCCAGCCCUGGUUGCCAUGGAGUUGAGGUCCCCUCUUCCGAUGACAUCUUCAAGCUGGCUGAAGCCAAUGCCUGCUGGGCCCCCCAGAAUCUGCGCUGCCUGGAGGAAGCCACAUUCCUCAGGAGCGUGGAGCUUCUGGGGGCCGUUGGGGGCUUCCUCCGGCCUCAGCUGACCGCCCUGAAGGAGAAGGCGAUCCAGGUCUGGGACACACCUUCUAACUGGAAAGAACACCACAUCGUCUCACUGGGCCGCAUUGCUUUGGCUCUUAAUGAGAGUGAGCUGGAGCAGCUAGACCUCAGCUCCAUCGACACCGUGGCUUCCCUAAGCCAGCAGUCAGGAUGGACCCCAGGACAGGCCACAUCCAUCCUGCACGGCUUCCUGGAGGACUCAGGCUACGGCAUCCAGGAUCUGAAGAGCUACCACUUAGUAGGACUCGGUACAACCCUGUGUGCCAUGAACGUCACCGAAAUCUCCCUUAUAAAGAUCUCAGAAUUCAGGGUGGUGAUGGCCAGAAUAGGGACCCUGCUCUGCAGCACCCCUGUCUUGGCCGAGUUCAAGAGGAAGGCAGAAGUUGUGUUUGGGGAUCCCACCAAGUGGUCCAGCUCUGUCUUGCAGGAACUCGGAACUAUUGCCGCCGGAUUAACGAAGGAAGAGCUCCGGGUGCUUGACGAGGAUUUGAUGCCGUAUUUCCAACCAUCAGCAAUCAGAUGCCUUCCUGCUGAGAUAUUCAAAGAGCUCUCCGCCCGGCAGAUCGCCGCCCUGGGCCCCGAGAACGCGGCGGCGGCGACCCCGGCCCAGCGCCGCCAGCUCCGCGCGCCGCAGCUGCAGAGCCUCCAGCGGGCGCUGGAUGGCGCCAAGGCGCGCCCCUCGCUGGAAGCUCCCCCGAGCGCAAGCCCCAGCCAGACCCCGCCCUCCCAGUCUCGCCCAGGGGCCUCCGCCUCCCGGGCCCUUUGGCUGGGCUGCCCGCUGCUGGUCCUAGUGCCCACGCUCCCUCGGUGA